AUUAUUUGCCGUUUGGUUAGUAUAUAAAUCCGCUGGGAGCGCUCUAUGAUCUUAGGUAUUUGGUAAGAACAUUCUCAACACACUUUUUCUCGUUUCGUUACGCAACCGUACUAUCUUAAACCGUGGUUAUCAAUUAUCAUGAUUCGUAAAGUUACUGCACCUGUGUAUCUAUCAUUAAGAAAUUACUUACAACUUGAUACCACAUUACCACCACAUACCGCCGACCGCCGACCGUCGUACCACGAUGAAAAGAAGAACUUAAAUAGUAAAUACCUCUACAUAGUGCGCCGUACAUUGGUCAGUAACAUGAACUAAGAUAAUUGACACUUUAGCGGUUAGUCCGUGGUAAACAUCAUUUAACAUUUUAAUUUUUAACUAUUAAAUAUUAUCACACGAUUUAACAAAGAAAAAGAAGACAUUAAUAUUAUUUUUACUAUUUGUUAUUAAUAAUUGAAAAAAGUAAAAAGUGAUAACAAUAUAACAAAUUUAAAUAAAUAUCUAAAAUAUGUACCUGAAAUGGUUUUAAAUUCCUAAACGCGAAUAAUGCAACAUUAUUGAAGUUCCUAUUAAAAUCUAUAACUUCGAUUAGAAAUUAAAUCGAAUACAGAUGGCUUCUACUUCGGGUCCAUCAGGAUCUGAAAAUCCCACUGAUAACUUGAAAAAAGAACCUUCCAAAGGUAUUCUAAAGCCUUCUGUGAGUUAUGAAGAAAAAGAAAAACAAAAAAAAAUUGGGAACAAGUCUGCUAAGUGGGAUGAAAUGAAUAUAUUAAAGACUUUACAUCCACCAGAUAAGGAUUAUGGACAUAUGAAAGUGGAUGAACCAAAAACACCAUACGAACGUGAAGUUAAUGAAGAUGAUGACGAAAUGGACGGUGGUGUAAAUGCAGAAGAGUUGAGGAAAAGGAUUGAGGAAGGAGGUAGACGGAGAAGUAGUUCAUUUCAAUCAGAAGAAGAACCCGAAUCUGAAGAUGAAUCUCCAGAAGAUAAAAUCACAAGAGAGGUAUUUGAACAAAAAAGAAAAGAACAUUAUAAUGAAUUCCAGACUGCAAAAAUACUGGCCAAACAAAUGAUGGAUGAAGAUGAAGAAGAAAAUGAUGAUAAUAAUAAACAAAACUGAAGCUAGUUUGGUAUAAAGCACAUUUUUCUUGUUGUUUGUUUUCUAAAGCUUAUUGUACAACAUUGAAGAACAAAAAUGUAUUGUGAUUUAUUAUGUUAUUUUAUUGAGGUAACAUUUUGCAUAUUUAGCAAUUUGUUAACUACAAAUAUGGAUUGCUUAUUAUUUCAUGUAUUUCAUAAAUAUAAUUAAAAAAAAUAAAACAAUCACGAUAAAUUAUUAAAUUUAAAAAAAUAAAACAAUCACCAUAAUUUAUUAAAUUUAACAUGGACAUUUUUCAUAGUUUCUUUGAAUCACAGUUGGUUUUUACAAAAUAGCUAAUAAACUAUAAAAAUGUCGCUUAAUACACAAUUUAUGUAAAAUUAUAUUGCAAAUAUACCAUUCAAUAUUUAUAAGUUAUUGUAUUUAAAUUAUUUAUUUAGCUGCAUAUUUGUUAUGUUUAGCUUAUGAAAGGGACAUCUAAAUAUUUUAGCAAAAUUCAAGUACUUUUAUUUCCAGGUGGAAUGUUAUGUGCUUAUCUCUAAAGAGACAAAAAUAUUUCUAUAAUAAAAUAAAUUGCUUUAUUCUUAGUUAUUUAUAGAAUAA